UGCAAGACUCGAGACAAAGACAGAGUGAGGAAGGCAUGGAUUCAAAGGAAGAGAAAACCCCUUCACAAAAAAAAUAUAGAGGGACAACAAGGAAAUCCAUGAUUAUAAGGAAUAGGAAUAGAGGGAUAAAGUUGGUCAUAAAGUACAAUGCUGAUGGUAUCUAUGUAGGAGAAUCUUCUGUGCACCUAACAAGCUACUUAGGUGUAUUGGCACGUACAAUGGUACCAAUCAGAUAUAACACAUGGCGAGAUGUCCCUGAACAAUUGAAGGAUAAGUUGUGGGACUCUAUUGAGAUUGCUUUUACAUUAGACAAGAAAAGCAGAAGGAAUUGUAUGCUUACAUUGGGAAAAUGUUUUCGAUCUUUUAAGAACACGUUGACUGUGAAACAUAUUCUUCCUUUCAAAGAUGAGCCAGAGCUUCUUAAGAAACCACCAGCUGAAUAUCAUUUUAUCGAUGAUGAAGAUUGGAAUAUUUUUGUGAAAAAUAGGUUGUCUGAAAAAUUCCAGGAAUAUAGGGAAGUACAAAAACAGAGAAGAAAGAAGCAUAUAUAUAAUCAUCAUCUAAGUAGAAAAGGGUAUGCUGGACUUGAAGAAGAGAUGAUGAUUGAAGCUGGCUCCACAGAAAACAUUGAUAGAAGUUUACUUUGGAAGAGGGCAAUGCAAAAAAAAGAUGGCAGCUAUGAUGAUGUGGUCCUACCAGUAGUGGAAAAAAUAGAUGAAUUGAUGAAAGAGUCUCAAGAUAGUGGCAUAAGCUAUAGUGGGAGCAAUGACAUACUUUCUCAAGCACUAGGUACUCCUGAGUAUACUGGUCGGGUUCGAGCUAAAGGGAAGCACUACACGCCUGGACGAUAUUUCAAUAGUAUGUCAGAACGUGUUGUGAGGGAUUUUUUAAAAGCAACUCAAGAACGUCAAGCUAAGUUUGAGGCUGAUGUGUUAGCGAGACUAUCUCAGAUAGGAGUUGCUACACCACAAUCCGAUGUGAGUAGUUCCAACAUGAAAUCAAAACUGUUGCUUCUACCAGAAGUAGUGGAGAAACCAAUUCGUAAAGUUGAGGAGGAGACCUUACCUGUGAAAAUAGAACCACACAUGAAGGCAAGAAAAUGUGAGUUGGCAGUAGGGACCAGAGAAAAUACAGUGGCUGGUGGAACAAUUGUAAUGAAUUGUGGUCCCAACUACCUAGUUGUUUUGGAUGCUCCCUAUGAGUCAAAUGCACCACUUCCUAUUCCCAUUCCUGGACAAGCUACAACAGUUGGAGCGGCAGUGGGCUACCAAGUUUUAUGGCCAACCCAUUUAGUCAAUUUGAGUACUAAAUUCAUUAAGGGAUCUCACAAAGGGAAAAGACAAAAAACAACAGAAAAUGACUUGAAAAUUGGUGAAAACCCUCAAGAUAUCAACAAUUUUGAUGCAUUAGUAGGUCUCAUGCUAAAUGAGGGGAAAUCACAAGGUGUGGAGGUCCCAAAUGAUGUAUUUGGCAAGACUUUUAAGACCUUCCUUAUGAAAGAAGACAUGGAUAUGAUAAUUUCAUUUAAGGAAGUGUCGGCUAAUUGUGUCAUAUAUUAUAUAUGGCACCUACAGAAAAAGCUAAGUGAUGCAAGGCUCACCGAACGAUUUGCUUUUAUCAAUCCAACUUUAGUCUCUAAAGCUGGAAUGGGUGAGACAACAAAGGAAAAUAGGUCAAGGUUGAUUGCAAAUCGUUUAAUGCAUGCAAAGCGUGCUGACUACAUUUUGAUUCCAUAUAACCCUGAUUUCCACUGGGUCUUGGUGGCAUUGGAUAUGAGGACAAUGACUGCGUACUACCUUGAUCCGAUGCAAAAGCAACCAUGUGAUGAUCUUAAGGAAAUUGUUAACAUGGCACUACGAAUUCAUCCACCAGAGAAACAAAGAUCAUCAAAGAGGGAGCCGACAUGGGUAAAAGUAGUGUGCCCAAGACAACUAGGAAGUGUGGAGUGUGGUUAUUAUGUGAUGAGAUACAUGAAAGAUAUAAUUGUUGAUCCAAGCCUCCUAUCCACAAAGUUUAAAGGAAAAAAAUCGUAUAGUGAAGUUGAGCUUAAUGAAGUACGAUCUGAGUGGGUUAUGUUGGCAACUCAAUUGAUUCUUACCCAUGCUUGAAGAUGCCCUCAUUUCAGUCCAGUAAGAGUUGUAGAUCACAUUUUGACGAUUCUCAUAAGUUCUCAUCUCAUGAUAAGU